GCGCAAAAGGUUCGUCGUUUGGACGUCAAACGAAGAAACUCGUUUCUCCCUCGUUUGACCUCGGAAUUCGAUUCCGUCGACUCCGUGAUGCUCCUGGAGACGAGCUCUACGCAUCGGUACCAAGUUUCGGAGUUAUCGUCGCAGUUGGCGAUGCCGACGUCGACGUCGGGAUUGACGACGACUCUCCGAGAAACCUCUUACAAGCUUCAAAAUCUAUUUCUGACUUCGUAGAUGGAUUUCUACGGGUCCCACAUUACCUAAACCUGACCCUCAGAAAGUGUCAUCGUUCUUUCUUUUCCUCUCCUUCCUUCCCGGUGCAACUCUCGGCGAGAAAGAAGAAGAAUCCUUCUUCUCCUUAUCUUCUGCCCCUGGAGUCCUCUCUCUUCUAUUAAACCCCAUCAGUAGAGCAGCCAUAAAGUCACUAAAAGCCGCCUUCUAUCCUGCAGAGGUAUUGGAAAGAAGAAACUUGUUCCCAACGUCGGGCGCCGCUUGAACGUCUCUAUCUGAAGCUCGACACAGCUUAGAAACGUGGAGGCUGCUGCCUCUUCCAUUGAAACGACGACAUAUGACUAAGGCUGGUUGCCUCAUACAGCAGGGCCGUCAAAACAAGUUAUAAUAAAGCUGGUUUAGUCCUUGUACACGAAAUCGGGUGUAGUCUAGCGGCUAAGUUGUUGGUUUAUAGCUAACUAGCACCAGGUUCAUGUUUCAAAUCUUGCUGCAGUCAUUUUCACUUUUAUUUUAUUUUAUUUUAGACCAUAUGUGUUUACAAGAAUCACUUAUAAUAAUCAAUUACUAUGAUUAUUAUUAUUGUUUCACUUUUAUUUUAUUUUAUUUUAUUUUAGACCAUAUAUGUUUACAAGAAUCACUUAUAAUAAUCAAUUACUAUGAUUAUUAUUAUUGUUUCCCGUGACAUCUUUCCCUGUCAAUGAUGCGAAUUCACUUUUAUUUUAUUUUAUUUUAGACCAUAUGUGUUUACAAGAAUCACUUAUAAUAAUCAAUUACUAUGAUUAUUAUUAUUGUUUCCCGUGACAUCUUUCCCCGUCAAUGAUGCGAAUUCCACGAAAUUGAAUCUCUGCUGUAUACUUGUCUAGGAAAUCUAUUUUUACAUUUUAAAUUUAUUAUAUUUUAUUUCGUUUGAUCCGGGAUGUUACACAUGGAGCAUGCCAUCUGAUAUUGACUAUGAUGACGGUGAUGACGGAGAGGAGGAAGAUGAUGAUGAUGAGGAGGAGGAGGAGGAGGAGGACGACGACGACGGGGAGGAAGGAGAACAACCUAAUUAUCCUCCAUAUCUUUACUUGCAGGGUAAUGAAGAGGACGAAGAAUUAUCAUAUGUUGAUUCAUAUGGCGUAAUUGCAGGGCCUAUUGUUGGUGGUUUUGAUGGACAAUUCUACAAAGGGCAAAUAUUUCACUCGAAACAAGCUGCACAGAUGGCGAUUAAACACUAUGCACUACAACUCAACUUUCAGUAUAACGUGGUGGAGUCGUCACCUUCAAUCUGGAAGAUCAGAUGUUUGAUGCACAAGGAGGAAAAAUGUCCUUGGAUGGUGCGGUUUGGAUGUCGAGAUGUGGGAGGCGAUUGGAGCGUGAGAAAGGCCGAGUUGAUGCAUACUUGUAGCAGUACGACUCAACCGACGGAUCAUCGCCAUCUUGAUGUCGACAUUAUAUCUGAGUCCGUGAAACACUUGGUACGUGCUCAACCAGAAAGCGGUAGCUCAUCGAAAGUUUCCCUGAGCCAAGCAAUCCGGAUGACGCCGCCACCAAGAUCAGUAGGAGCCCGUCCUAACAGUCGAAGACACAUAGCCGACCAGUCCUCGUCUGGUAUGUCUACUACGACCGUCUACUACGACCGUCGAUCGCUAGAGCGGUCAGUGUCGCAACGUCCUCUAGGGUGAUCGUCACCUCACCGAACGACAUGUGGAAGGUCGAUGUCUCGGGUCGCCAACGCUCUACGAGCGCAGUAAUCAAACCCGGAUCACCGGUAAGAGGGGCUAGUGGCGGAAAACUAGACAAGCCGGCAUCGGCGAGAUACGGCAGGUAAAGUGGAUGGUAUCGCACUAAAUUGCCCGUAUGAAAAAUGAAGAUGAAGUAGAUGAUGAAAAUGUUUUGACCAAUUCUUUUAGUUGGCCAUCAAUACAACAGUCAAUCAUUUUCACCGUAGCAAUUUAUUGACACUUGCUUAUGUAGAUGUCGCAUAUUUUGUUACAUGUAGUUAGUAGAAUUUUGUUUAGUACCCCGUAAAUGUACUAAAUGAGUUUAUAAAUU